AUGGUCGUGAAGGGGCACUAUGGGAAGGGAGUCGAAAAAACGGACGGUGGUAGGGGUGGGGGGGAUGAGAGCAUCGGGACGAGCCUGUCGCUAUUCAUCAGGAUAGCGUGCGUGCUGACGAGUUUGUCGCGUGCUUGCUUCGCGUCAAUGUUCCGCGGGUGUUCUAAAGUCGGCUGGCAAUGGCCACUCGUGGGCGUCGUGGUGUUGGCGGCGUGCGUGGGCGGCAGCGAGUUCCCGGAGCGCGAGUGUUGCGAUCCCGUGUACCCGCCCAACACGGCUACGACGGCGGCGGCACCGGUCACCUAUCCCGUCAGCAAGGCUGGCCAGUUAGGUAAGUUUCAACGUGAGAACGAUAGCACU